GCUGAAGCCGGGGAAAGCGCGCUUCGGUUCAGGGGAGGUGUAGAAACGCUCCACCUUGGGAGUUAUGUCCGAGCAACCUGAAGUUUUCCGUGUUUGGGGACUUGCCGUGUACUAUGCACGGGCUGUGUUCGAUGCCCUUCCGCGGAACUGACGGGGUUUCGUUUGGAUCCGAGCCGUCACCAUGGCAAAAGUCAUCCAGAAGAAGAACCACUGGGUCACCAAAGUGAACGAGUGCGCUAUUAGGCGAGACGAGCGCGCUGACCUCCUCGGAGUGGAGUUGCGCGGCGGAGCUGAGAAUGGAGAGUUCCCAUACAUUGGACAUCUCAGAGAACACGACGUGGUCUACCAGUAUGGGAAGCUACACGAGGGGGAAUUAUUGUUGGAAAUUGAGGGGUUGUCGGUGUCUGGAUUGCCCCUCUACGACAUCUUGGCCGUGAUUAAGAGUUGCAAGAGUCCCAUCAGGCUGAAAACUGUGCGUCAAGGUCACAAGCUGAACAAGGACCUGAAGCAUUAUCUGAGCCUAAGGUUUCCGAAGUCCUCCCCAGACUAUGAGCUACAGCAGACCAUCCGAACCAAUCUGUAUCACCAUGCCGUGCCUUGUACGACCCGGCCCCCGCGAGACGGAGAGGUCCCCGGGGUGGACUACAACUUCCUGUCCGUGGAAGGCUUCCUAGAGCUCGAGGAGAGUGGCACGCUACUGGAAAUAGGAACAUAUGAAGGUAACUAUUAUGGGACCCCCAAGCCGCCGAGGCAGCCGGUCAUUGGGACAGUGAUUCUUAGUGAUGCUGGCUCUCAGCAGUCCACCCCCAAGCGCACCAAGUCCUACAAUGACAUGCAAAACGCCCGAGUAGUGCCUGCUGACGACGACGAUGACGACCAGGCCAUUGAAAUGAACAACAGUUUUACAGGUAACCCUAGUGACCAGGAUGAGAGCCGCGGCGGCAUCCUCCGGCCGUACCCCGCACGUGACAACGCUCCAUCCUAUGGUCUGAACAAUGCGGCCAUCUCCACUGCAGACAGUGGGCAGCAGACCCUUGCAGAGCCCCAGGUCUCUCCAGAGGACCCCCUGGGACCGCUGCCCGAAAACUGGGAGAUGGCCUACACUGAGAAUGGAGAGCUCUACUUCAUAGACCACAACACAAAGACUACAUCAUGGUUAGAUCCUCGGCUUGGAGACAAAGCCUCCAAACCUCUGGAAGAGUGUGACGAUGAUGAAGAAGGGAUACAUACAGAGGACCUGGAGAGUGACCUAGAACUGCCUCCAGGAUGGGAGAGGAUAGAUGACCCAGUCUAUGGCGUGUAUUAUGUAGAUCAUAUAAACAGGAAGACCCAGUAUGAGAAUCCGGUGGUGGAGGCCAGGCGGAGGAAACAGCUGGAACAGCAGCAGCCGCAGCCUCCUGAAGGUGAGCGGUACAUUCGAGAGUGGAUAGAGGAGCACUCCUCAGCAGGAGUUCCCCUGGCUAAUUAUGCCCCCAACCACCUGGAGACAUACAGGGACCCCCAGGUCCCACCACCCCUACCCCCUGGCCCUGGAGGAGCCAAAAGAGGGAAGCCAUUCUUUACAAGAAAUCCGGCGGAGCUGAAAGGGACCUUCAUCAACACCAAGCUGAAGAAGAGCCGCCGUGGUUUCGGCUUCACUGUCGUCGGCGGUGAUGAGCCAGAUGAGUUUCUACAGAUCAAAAGCUUGGUGCUGGAUGGGCCUGCAGCUGUGGACGGCAAAAUGGAGACAGGUGAUGUGAUUGUCAGCGUGAACGACACCAUUGUGCUGGGCUACACCCACGCCCAGGUGGUGAAGAUCUUCCAGUCCAUCCCAAUUGGCUCUAUGGUAGACCUGGCCCUAUGCCGUGGCUACCCACUGCCCUUUGACCCUGAUGACCCCAACACCAGUCUGGUGACCUCUGUGGCCAUCUUGGACAAGGAACCUAUCAUCGUCAAUGGACAAGAGACCUAUGACUCCCCAUCUAGCCAUGGCAGCCAAACCGGCCCUGUUAAUGGAAUGAGGGAGCCGAGGCCCCACAGCCCCUCAGCUGAGGUGGCGUCGAACGGCUCGCACAGCUACUCCAGCGACGUGGUUACCCUGGCUUCCUCUAUUGCCACCCAGCCAGAGCUGAUCACCGUCCACAUGGAGAAGGGAGACAAAGGCUUCGGCUUCACUAUUGCUGACAGCCUGACAGGGGGAGGACAGAGGGUUAAGCAGAUAGUGGACUACCCACGCUGCCGUGGCCUAAGGGAGGGGGACAUCUUGAUGGAGGUCAACAAGAGAAAUGUCCAGAAUAUGAGCCACAACCAAGUGGUGGACCUGCUCAGCAAGUGUCCCCGAGGCAGUGAGGUCACCAUGCUGGUGCAGAGAGGAGUAGUGCCAGCCAAGCGGAGUCCGAAGCUGGUGCAGCAGUUGGAGAGGAAAGACAGCCAGAGCAGCUCCCAGCACAGCGUGUGCAGCCAUCGCAGCACCCACACCGAUUCUCCCAGCCACCCGCCCCCCACCAUGCCCAGUGAGGCGAUAGCCCCCACCCCUGCCGCCCCAACACAGCCCUUGCCAGGCCUGCCUCCCCAGGACCCCACAGAUGGCACCCUCACCCUGCAGAAGAAGCCAGACCCGUUUAAGAUCUGGGCUCAGUCCAGGAGCAUGUACGAGAGCAGACUGCCGGAUUGCCAGGAACAGGACAUUUUCCUGUGGCGGAAGGAUACAGGCUUUGGUUUUCGCAUCCUGGGAGGAAACGAGCCUGGGGAGCCAAUCUAUAUAGGACAUAUUGUGAAAUAUGGGGCCGCGGAUGAGGAUGGGCGCCUGCGAUCCGGUGAUGAGCUCAUCUGUGUGGACGGCACGGCGGUAGUGGGCAAAUCUCACCAGCUGGUCGUGCAAUUGAUGCAGCAGGCCGCCAAGCAGGGCCACGUCAACCUCACCGUUAGACGCAAGACCGCCGGAUAUGGGGUGUCUAAAGGGGAGGGCGACGUCCCACCGUCUCCAGCUUCCUCCCACCACAGCAGCACCCAGGCGCCUAGCCUAACAGAAGGCAAGCGGACCCCCCAGGGGAGUCAGAACUCUCUCAACACUGUCAGCUCUGGCAGCGGCUCCACCAGCGGCAUAGGAAGCGGUGGCGGGGGCGGCAGUGGGAGUGCGGUGGUGCCUGCCACCCUGCAGCCGUACGACGUGGAGAUCCAACGCGGUGAGAAUGAGGGCUUUGGAUUUGUCAUCGUGUCGUCCGUCUCCCGGCCCGACGCCGGGACCACUUUCGCCGGCAAUGCUUGUGUGGCCAUGCCCCACAAAAUAGGGCGCAUCAUCGAGGGGAGCCCGGCGGACCGCUGCGGGAAGCUGAAGGUCGGCGACCGAAUCCUGGCUGUCAACGGCUGCUCCAUCACCAACAAGUCCCACUCGGACAUCGUCAACCUGAUCAAGGAAGCUGGGAACACCGUCUCGCUCCGGAUCAUCCCGGGUGACGAGUCCUCCAAUGCCUCUUUGCUGACUAACGCCGAGAAGAUAGCUACCAUUACCACCACGCAUACGCCUCAGCAGACCGCUACAGAGUCUCGGAAUAACUCAAAGUCUAAAGGAGCUCCUCCGCCUCCACCCACGCAAGCCCAGCCCACACAGAUUCCUGAGUUUUACUCUGUGGACCUGGAGCGCGACAAUAAAGGCUUCGGUUUCAGUCUGCGAGGCGGACGGGAGUACAACAUGGACCUCUAUGUUUUGAGGUUGGCCGAGGAUGGGGCUGCUGUCAGAAAUGGCAAAAUGAGGGUGGGCGACGAGAUCCUCGAGAUCAACGGUGAGAGCACAAAGAACAUGAAGCACGCACGCGCUAUCGAGCUGAUCAAAAACGGUGGCAGGAGGGCGCGGCUUGUCCUCAAAAGGGGAGACGGAUCUGUACCUGAAUAUGACGGCAGCUAUGACGGGCACCCUCCCACACCCGGGACACAAAACACUCCGAAAGUGAGGACUCUGCCACCCAACAGCCGAUAUCACACCUCAUCGGAGUCCAGUUAUCCACCAGACCUUCACAAACCAUCACGCCAGGAGGAGGGUGUGUGUGGCCGAGACAGGGACAGAAACAGGGACAGGGCUGGGUCAGACCGGAUGGACUACCAGGGCCGGCACUUAAACCCCCACCAUCAUCACACCUGGAACAACAAUCACAGUCAAAGUUCCCCCAGACAACAGUCUCCAGACAACAGCAGCAGUGGCAACAAGAAGGGCCGAGGCCGCAAAGUCAAGAAGUCUGAGUCGGAGAGCGGCAUCUCUAAACUCUUAAAGACUCUGAGGAAGGACAGCUCGGGGAAAAAGGCUGCAGCUGCUGAGAAAGAGAGGGGGCGAGAGCUCUCAGCCAGUAGCUCUACUUUGGACCAGAGGUCUGGUCGACAGCGUCGCGGCUCCCUCGACCGUUCGCCAAACCGAAAGUGCAACUCGUCCCCCGACCGGCGGCGGGCCAAGUCGAUGGACCGCAGGGCGGAGCGAGCGCAUCGUGACCGUACUCCUGAGAGGGAGUGCGACGAUGGGGGGUUCCUCGCGGUCACCCCUGAUCGAAAGUUGUAUGAGCACAGGCUCCAUAAAGACUCACAGAUGCCUGGCCCAAUCAGGGAAGCUGCAACCCCCGAACGCACCAACAAAAACGGGGACUCCUGGUCUCUCUCGAGGGGCCGUACACCUGAUAGAGCCAUGAACAACAGCGUCCUCCUGGGGGACUAUUCCUCGGAGAGUUACAGGAUGAACGGAACACCAGAGAGACGAUACAGAAUGGAGCGUGACUCUUCUCCCGACAGUAACUACAGCCGUGAAGAGCUGAACUAUGCAGCAGCACCAAGGCUAAAGGACUACUAUAGCAUGAUGAAGAACAAUGCUGCUCAAAACAAUGCGGCCCACAACAGCAGUGGUCCCAACAUUGCAGGCCGCAAUAACUCAGGCCGCAGCCUGAACCAGCUCCCAGAGCCCAAGAGAAGGCUGUAUAAAGAGAGCCCCAAAGACCUCAGCAUCUAAAGCAGAGCAGAGAUCCCCCUCGCCACUCUCUCCUCCAUCUUUGGAAAUGAUGUACCAUACACUGGAAAAAUGGAAUUCUGAGGAUAUUAACUCUUGUGAUUUCUUUGACGAUUGUUUUUUGUUGUUGUUUUUUUUUAGUUUUUUUUUUUUUAGUUGGUUGGUUGGUUGGUUGGUUGGUUGAUUGAUGGAUUGAUUGAUUAAUUGGUUGAUUGAUUGAUUGACUGACUUGACUGACUUCAUUUCUUGCGAACCCAGCCAGAGAUUCAUAAAACAGCAGGAGUACAAUCCUUCUCUCACUUCAUACUGGUCGUUUUUGUUAUUGUUAUAGUUAUUUUGAGCUUAACAGGAAUUAUCGUACUGUAGUAAAGGUAUUGUAUGUGCCUGCAUAUGAGAUCAGUGAUGUUGCUUUUUUGCAGGCAUUUCUGAUUCUAAACAUUUGUUCCCUCAGAGGUUUGAAACAUGCUUCCAGCUGUGGUAACUUCUUUUAAACUACUAGGCUUGUUUUAAACAUGUUUUAGAUGUCUUUUUACAUUCUACGAUUGCUAAACUAAAUAAACUAUAGCACAAGACUCUUAACGGUUCACAAGUAUUGUGAACACAAUACUGGAUUUAAGGCAAAAUCUAUUAUAUCUCAAACUAUUUAUUUUGAAUUGGCACAUAUUUUGAGCAAGCUGUAUGACAACGUAAAAGGACCAUGGCAUAUGAUUAAAUAAUGUACCUGGGAAAGUAACUGAAUAUAUUCCCUGUCAAUUUGCUCAAAAACUUUUCUUUUUCUUUUCUUUUUUUUUUUUGAAAGUGUGGCAGCUCAACCUCUUUUGCUCAAAAACCUGAUUAUUCCUGUCUUGUAUCCAGAUAAAGGAGGCACUCUGACAGAAGUGUAGUGAAAACUGGAACGGCUCUUACAGCCUCUCCACUCACGAAGGAGAAGAUGCAGAAAAACACAGGGAUUAUUUCAACUACUCUGGCCUUUCUUCCAAAGUCACUUUGUUCUACAGACAGAGUUGUUGCGGGUACAUUCACAGUGGGAAGAGACAGGGAAGUUAUUUGGGUUUGUUGCUCAUGUGAAUCAGUGAAUGUCAAAUCAGCUGUGCUAGAAUGCCACAUUUAAGCUGCCAUAAGAUAACGUGGUUACAAACUGAUGCAAAAAUAGAUCAAGUGUCUGCUAGGACAUCAAAUGUGUGUAUUAUCUCAGCCCAGGAUUUCAUGUGCAGGCAGAUGAGAUAUAUAUAUAUAACUUUGUUCAA